UGUGAUGGCCCGGAUGGGAAUCGGUAUUACUGGCACGAUAUAAGAAAAGAGAAGCUUUGUUCCUCAAGACGAAACUUUAGAGGAGGCGGCAUCAUGGUCUGGGGUGCCAUCGCAUCAACGGGCCGUCUGAAACUCUGCUUCAACCAAAAUCUUGUUUUUAUGCAAGACAACGCUCCGUUUUACGUCAGUAAAAGGUCUCGGGAGUGGUUUGAUCGCCAUCGAAUCACUCUCCUUCCUUGGCCAGGAAACAGUCCCGACUUAAACCCCAUGGAGAAUGUGUGGGGAUACAUGGUUCGGAAGAUGUACGCCAGAAACGCCCAAUUUCGAGAUGUCACAGAGCUUAAAAGAGCAAUUGUUGAGGCUUGGCACCAAGUCAAUGAAAAUCUUAUUCACAUUUAUUCGAGUAUGAACAACCGCGUCUUUCAACUCAUUCGAAGAAAUGGAUCUAACUUAGAUUAU